UAGGACAUGUACAACCAUUCGAUUCCCACUGUGCGGUGUCUGUCACAGAGAGAGGUUCGAACUUCGAAGAUCCCCAUUUCAACAAAAACAACGCUAAAGACUGACAACCAUGAGAUCCUCCCUGUUGUGGCUUGUCCUCUUUCUGGUAUCAGGAGCUCAUGGCGCCUGUUCCGGUGAGUUUGAGAACUGCGUCGUGUCGCGAGAUUGCUGUGGCAACCACCUCUCUUGUGAAACAGGAAAUUGGGCGGUGACUACCGACAGCACCUGCUUGUCCGAACGGUCCGUGCUAUUGGAAGCACUGCCAAGAGAGGAAAAACUGGAUUUGCUGGUUCAGUUUUACAGCAAUCUUCAUUUUGAAGAAAGACGAAAAUCUAAAGAGGAAGUGGAGAAAUUAUUUGACAAAAACAGUCGGUCCUUUGCCAAAUUGGUGUCCCGAAUUGAAAAGCACUAUAAAAUGCCUGUAUCCACCAUUGAGAGGACAGGAAAGGAGGAGUUGUGAAAGUGAUGGAAAAUUGAAGAACAACAGAGGUAGUAGACAAUUUGUGAAUAAUGGAGAAUGAUCAAGAUGGAAAACUGUACAUGUAGGUAGGACUUCUUUCAUUGAUCCAAAUGAAGUUGCAUGUUCACUGGGAGUGCAAAUUAUACUAAUAGCCGUAGCUACAUCUAACUGGCAAGAUAGAAAUAGACCUAAUAUUCUAGCUAGGUCCGUUUCAAGUUCGU